AGUUUCUGUAGAAAAAAAAGAUUUACAACUGGAUAGAAAUGAGCAUCGAAACGCUUUUAGAAGCAGCCAAGUUUUUGGAAUUGCAAGCCCAGCAACAACAGAAAGCACGUGAGGAGAAUGAGUUGAGGGAGAAACUGCGCCUCGAACAGCUGGCCAAUCACAGGCGUGCUGAUGUCACCUAUACGUCGCCUAUUCGGAUGAACCAUGUGACCAGAGUGGAAGAGCCACACAAGGAGCAUCAUCCUGUCCCGGUUCCCCCUCUGCCUCCACCCUUGAUGCCCAGAACCAUCAUCCCUGCGGUGAACUCCAACCACACAGGCCUGCCCACUCCUCCUGUUAAAACAUUAUCUCCCCCAGCCGGCCACCACCUUGCCUCCCCCAGGAGGGACCCUAAUUCCCGACAGGGCCAAUGUGCCCCCCUGCCCCUCUCUCCUCAGGGCCAAUGUGCCCCCCUGCCCCUCUCUCCUCAGGGCCAAUGUGCCCCCCUGCCCCUCUCUCCUCAGUUGAAAACCGACUUUUCGCCGUCAGCACUUCAGUCUGUCAACCACAAGCAGCAUCUUCACCCACAACUGGUCUCGCCAUCGGACAACCCAAAACUACAGCAGUCACCCCAUCUAGUGGCGUACCCGGGCUCCAUUGUUGCAGCCCCACAGCAUGCCUUACUUCCCCAGCCUGGGCCUCCAGCUCCACAGGCUUCGAUGCAAACCAGCCCAAUCAGUCGGGGAAGCCCUCCAGACGAUGGCCGCCUCCUGGAAAAGAAACGGCCUGGAGGGGCAGGUACAAGAGAAGUACAUAACAAGCUUGAGAAAAACAGACGGGCUCACUUGAAGGAGUGCUUUGAGACACUGAAGAAGAACAUCCCCAAUGUGGACGAGAAGAAGACCUCCAACCUGAGUGUCCUGAGGAGUGCUCUGAGAUAUAUCCAGACUUUGAAGCGGAAAGAGAAGGAGUACGAGCACGAAAUGGAAAGGCUGGCACGGGAGAAGAUCGCCACCCAACAGCGGCUCGCUGAGCUGAAGAACGAGCUGAGCCAAUGGAUGGACGUGAUGGAGAUCGACCGCGUUCUCAGACAGACCGUACAACCAGAGGACGACCAGGCUUCAACCUCGACUGCCUCAGAGGGUGAAGAAGAAAUCAUGGAGGACGACAUGGAAGAUGAGCUUAUGACAGAAGCUCCCACUGCCUUAUCCACAGUGCCUCAAGCCAUGCAUUCAGAGCUGUGCAAGACUGUCACCCCAAACCCCACUACCUCCUCCAUCAUCAACACACACAUUUCCAUCCAGCACAAGGCGACCAUACCCCAGCCUCAACUUCAGCCUCUGACCCUUCCCCAGUCACUCUCAGCCCACGCUACGCUGUCUGUCACAACUUCAGGUGUCCCUACCACCCCUAUCCAGGCCCUUCUGCCUGCUCAAACACACAUGGUCACCACACCCAGCCUCCAGCCCACCGUCAUAGCCCACGCCGCGGCCUCCCACGCUUCUGUCAUCCAGGCAGUCAGUCACGUCAUCCAGGCAAGCGGUCACAAGCACUUUGCACACCUUGCCCCUUCGUCAAACUCCAUGCCGAUUAGUCACAUCACAGUACACCCGGUGACCCACCUUGGCCAGCACAUGCCCACCAUCUACCCCCAACCUGUGGCUGUCACGCAGCCUGCCAUGGUGAGCCACAUUGCCCACACCCUUACCCAUGCCCAGGUCAACGGCACAGCACCCAGCCAGCCUACUGCAGCCAUCUUGGGCAAGCAGACAACAGUUGGCACACAGGUUGUGACCCACCACCAACAGCUGGUUAGCCAGACUGUUCUAAACCCUGUGACUAUGCCCUCGUUCCCAGUCAGCACCCUUAAGCUAGCGUGAGCUGGUGGAGAAAUGGUCCAGAAAUGGAG